AUGGCGUCUCAGGCAUCCCAAGGCGGGGAGUCUCUCCUUAAGCUUCGAAGACCCGAUGGUCUUCCAGUAACGACAACACGCAUUGACUUCUCUAAAUCCCCCCUUGCCGAUCACUACAGUCCUUACUUUGCCAUGGUCAUAGACAAUCUUCUCACGCCAGAUGAAUGUGCUGCACUUCUCACAUCAGCAGGUUCCGGCUGGAAGACCUUAAACAAGGGCGAGUCGUGGCGUGAGUGCGAACAGAUUCUAUCUAUCUCUCCCGAGUGGGCCAAUGCUCUGUCCCAGAGGCUCGCGCAGCACCUACCUGAGGAAGCUAAGUCCUUAAGGAAGGGCAAUAUGCUAUCUGGGCACAUUGCUGGUUUACAAAACCUAAAGGCGAGCCAAGGAGCUAGUAAGACAGUCUGGAAAUUGAGAGGAGCCGACGAGAGACUCAGUUUCCUGCGGUACCGGCCUGGUAACCACUUCAAGCCGCACUGCGAUGCCUUAUAUUCACCUAGGGGUGGGGAAAAGAGCUUCUUGACAUGUCAGAUAUACUUGAGCGAUAUGCCUGAGGAUAAAGAUGGGGAUGGCUCGGGAGGAGAAACAAGAUUUUGGCCGAGUCAUGUAGGCAUGGGGAGGAAGAAGAAAUCUGAAGAUCGGGAGGAUGAAACUGGACAACAGGCAAAAGAAGAGUCAUUUCUCGAUGUCAAGCCUAAGAUGGGCAGGGCAUUAGUCUUCCAACAGCGGAUGCUAUGGCAUUCUGGACAAGAGGUCAAACACGGGGAAAAGUUCACCGUUCGGCUGGACUUGAUGUACGAACAUUACUUUGAGAAGCCGUCGAGGUAG